GAUGCUGACGUGGAUCCACGCAUCGCGAGCCUGCACGCAAUGUUCCCAGAUUUCGACGACUCUCUACUAUCAUCUGUACUCCAAAGUGUCAACGGUGACCAGGAUAUGGCAAUUGACACACUGUUGGGGAUGAGCGAUCCUGAUUACGUCUCCCAGCCGGCACCGCCGCCGGAGCAGCGUGAGCCUACUCAGACUGAUCUAGACGAGCAACUCGCUCGACGUCUCAUGCUCGAGGAAGAGCAAGCUGCACAGAAUCAGUGGCACCCUCCGCAGCAGGGACAAGGGCUCCAACCCUAUCAGUCGAGGUGGUAUGACAGUAUGGCGCAGGCGGUUGCUCCACCGCAACGGGACACUAUGGCAGAAUUUCAAGAUGGUUUCAACAAGAUAGCAGAAACUGGCAAGAAGACAUUCUCUUCAAUUGUUUCAAAAGUCAAGGCGAAGAUACAGGAAUACGAUCAGGGCCAGGGAGCUUCCAGACAAGAUACACAACCUACGUGGGGUCAGACAUCUCAACCUUCAUGGGGCGGUAUACAACCCACGCAGCACCAGGAAUCCUACUAUGACCCCAAUCCACCGGGCGAAAGUGGAAUUCGUGGAAGCGGGUGGCAAUCUCCUCCCCGUCCCGGUGGAGGCAACUCAAAUCCAAGGACGAGCUCCGUUCCUACUCUCGCUCCAAGCGCGACAUAUGCUCCUCCGAACUUCGUCACUCAGACUGUACCGAACUCUGCGUCCGUUGCAAGCAAUAGCCCGACCUAUGCAGGGUCAUCGACAUAUUCCCCGCCGAACACAGGCAUGGGCGCGUCCCCUCCUCCCGAACUUGCUCGGCGGUCAGGUGACACCCCAAGGCCGCCGUCCACGGGCGUUGGUACCCCGAGUGGAAUAGAUGCCACUAAAUUUGGACUUCUGCCCAAACGACCUGUAUCACUCCUUCGGGAACAGCCCCAACCUACACACAGAGACGAUAGCGACGAUGAGUUGGAAUACACGGAAAAUCCAUUUGAGGAGAGGAGGUAAUUAGGUGACUAUUCUGGGGCAACAAAUCGGAAUCAUCUGUGACUGCGACCGCUGAUAGACUAUAUGUUAUGGUGUGUACUGUACCAGAUAACAGCUGCAAUGUUUCAUACAAAUAGACGUUUUUACAAUAAUCGGUACCUACUUUUUUUGACUGUUAGUUCUAACUGGUUGAUGGCUCGUCACAAAAAUGAACAGAACGCACUCAAGUUAUGCGUGUCACUAUGCUGGAGCGUAGAUGAUGAUUGGUGAGCGGAUUCCGGGACAGGACAGUAAGAGUGUGGGAUGUCAACCACAGCAAGCCAGUCCGG